AUGAACGUCGUUGUUGCUGACAGAGCGCUUGGAGUGUCGCUGGACUUGGAGCGGCUGGCGAUGGAUGGGUCGAGUUCUGUGCUGGGCAAAGGGAUCAAUCACCCCUCGUCAUCCUCAAUUCUCGACUCGAUUUUCGACAAAACUGGCCCAAAUAACAAUGUCGUCGGGGUGAUUGUGCUGUGCUGUAUCGUGGCGGCAGCAAUCGUGCUUCUCUGCGCCGGUCUCUUGAUGUACAGGUUGUGCAGCCGAACAUUGGACGGAGUUCGGCGAAAAAUGACAAUGGACUUUACAAAAGCUUUUCCUGGCGUCAUUGCACACCCGAAAAGAGUUUACGAAAUACAAGCCGAAGAGGGAGUCUUCAGUUCCAAUGACAUGCCAAGCGAAGAAGAUCAGCCAAAAGCCGGUGAUUUACGACGGGAUCGAACGAGUCGAACCUCGAGCCAAUCAGGAGACUCGUUACCGUCUCUGGCUUCUCCAAGUCCGACAAUCGAGAAUCUUCCGGGAGCGUCUGAUUCACCAACUCAAGAAGAGUUACCAUCAAAUUUCCGAAAAAAGGAGCGCAAAGUGAGUGCAGAAAAGCGUUUGAAAUUGAUUUCAUUU